UCUGUGCAAGUUAGGUGCGAGACUUAUCCCUCCGACUGAUGGUUCCUGAAAUCGAUAUGCUAAUCUUCUAAGCCACCAAGUGUAAUUGUGUGAUAAAUUUGUGUUUUUUGGUAGUGAUGGUCAGUGUUUUUUGUGAUAAAAUGUCUUAAUUGUGUUUGAGUUCACCGAUAAACCAAGUUGAACUUCACUGAAGAUUUGACAUUGGUAACGGUGCUGGCGUUUCUGUCAACAUGGAGAGCUUCUCUAUCCUGGAUGAAGAGUGUUCGACACUAGCUGGUCACUUCCAGCUAACUAUCAGGGACAUGAAAAACUGCAGUCCUCUGUGGGAAGAUUUUCUGAGCAGAACCAUCAAGAUGCACUCUACUCUCAAGGGAGCCCUGGGCAGCAUCAGCAGCUUCCUGGACUCCCUACAGCGCAUCGCCGACCACGCCACCAACAGCAGAGGCGCCAGCAGCGACGUCGGCGCGACGCUGACGCGGCUCUGCAUGCGGCACAAGGAGCUCAUGGCGCGCGUCUGGGCCCUCACUGCCUGCCUCCUGGACUCAACGGUCCAGCCUCUACAGGCACGGCUGGACGACUGGAAGAAGACUACAGCCGUGCUGGACCGUGACCACACUAAAGAGUACAAGAAGGUGAGGUCGGAGCUCAAGAAGAAGACGGACAUGGUCAGCCGUCUGCACAAGAAGGCCAAGAAGUCCAACAAACCUCAGACAAACAAAAUCCUGGCGGCGGGGGUGGAGGAGGUCGUGUCGGGCUUCACGGCCCUCAGGAACGCAGAGCGCGCGGCCCUCAAGCGCGUCCUGCUGGAGGAGCGGGGCCGCUACUGCCUCUUGGCCGCUGCCAUCACGCCCGUCCUGCGGGAGGAGGUGGGCCUGGUGGGGGUGCUGACGCAGGUGCAGGACGUGCUGCAGCAGCUCAAGAAACACGUCGACGACCGCGGCGUCUUGCCCCCGACGUCGGAACAGCUGCUGCUGGGUGCCAAAGACGCGUCAUCUGAGGCAGGCGUGUCGUGGCAGACGCCGCCAUCAUCUCCCUCAUCACUGUCUGGGUCCCAUCGCUCCUCCCUCACCUCCAUCACCUCCAGCGCCGCCGCCUCUCACCUCCCUCACGCCGGAGGUCUGCUCGGUCUCGGGGGGUCUCCGUCUCACCACGGCCGCAGUCGCUCAGCGAGUCAGAGCGGUGGUCUGGUGAGCGUUCGCUCUCAAGACUCUGGCUUCACUUCACAAGACGCUCUUCACCGCCACACCAUCUCGGGUUCUUCCCUCGCUACUGCCCUUCAGGCCUCGCGGGUGUCAGAUAUCUCGAGCCUAUCUCAGCCGUCCAGCCUGAGCAGCAAUGACGGACCAGCCAGCCUCCCUCCCCACCCCGCCCCCACGGACCUGUCCUCCCCCCCCACCGACGGGGUACAUGCGCCCCCACCCAAGCACCACCACCUCGCUGCUUACGAGAAGUCACACGUAAGGGAGCGUCCAGCCCUGGGUCCCAACACCUUCACCCUGCCAAACCCGUCGACUACGGGGGGCAUCCGGGGACACGUGGGGGCUGUUGAUGGUCUUGAUGGGGGCAACAAUAAUGGAGACAGAAGUCCAGUGAGCGCUGGUGUCAGCAGCAGCAGCAACAGUCAGCAGGCACAGCAGCACACAGCCACCAUCAGCAGGAGGUCGUCUCGCUCGUCCCUCCUCCACUUCCAUCACUCCAACUCCAACAGCCAAGAGAGCAUCAACAGUCAGUCGAGCUGCGCGAGUGGCGUGCGCAGCAAACCUCCGCUGCCGAGUCGCUGCUCGUCGCUGGAACGUCCGGCGCUGCCCGAGAAGAAGCCCUCCAGCAGCAGCAGCAGCAGCUUCAGGCAACGUCUCCCUCUGCACCAUCUUCUUCAUCACCACCACCAGAACAAGAGCAGCGGACAGGAGGGCUCUAGCGAGCCUCUGGAGCCCCCGUCGGUGCCGGACUUCAACAAGGCGCCGCCCGACAUGAUCGUGCCUCAGCCGGUCUACAGCAACAUGUCGGAGUUGGGGAAUGGCGGGGGUGACUGUAUUGAGGGGGAAAACUCCCCCCACGGCUCUCUGGGGUCUAGUGGCUACGGCUCUCAGCCCAACGUCCGCACCAACGAUGACCUGCCGACUCUAGAAGAAUGUCCUCCUCCCUCUGCAUCCCACUGUUCUCGCUACGUGCCAGUUGUUCCUGAAGUGCCAACUCACCUGCACCUCCGACAUUCCGUCAACGCGGAUGGAUACAGACUAAGGACGCCCGUGUCCACAAUCUUAGAGCACCGCGGCGAAGACUUGGCUGAGGACUGCAGCCACUUCGGCAGGAGUCACAUGCCCUUACGUGGGUCCCUCACUGCGCCCAGCACCCCAACAGACGGCGCUCACAGGAGCCUCAUCCCCCACUCGCUCUCUGCUUACCAAGUACAACAGCAACAACAGCAUUAUUAUCAACAGUACUAUCAGCAUCAACAGCAGCAACAAACUGAACACCAGCAACAGCAACAUUAUUACCCUCAACAUCAAGUACAACAUUCAUCGCAAUAUCGUUCUGGACGCUUGUCAAUGCCCUCGAUGUCGUAUGAAAUGCAGCAACAGCUACAGGCUCAUCAGCACGAGUUGCUGCUGCAGCAACAGCGUCAGCACCCUGCGCACCCCGCGCCCCCUGAGGCAGCGAAACUGCCUGGCGUCGAUGGGCAGAGUUUCCCAGGAGUGGAACUAAGGAGAGCGUCUCAAGGCGUUCGUAGUACAGGGUCUUUACGUCGAGCCCUGAAUGGUAAACCUCCACCUCCCAUCCGUCGCACCGCCUCCAUCUCCACGUCAUCUUCUUCGCUGAACUCGGCGCCUAUUGCGACAAGUAGCACUGAGGAUCCAAGCAAUGGUCGCUCCAGUGCUGCUCCUCCGCCUCUCCAGCACACGCUCUCAUCAUCUAGUCUCAGAAAUACCCCUACAGCUGGUCUCAUCCAUUCUUCCUCUUCUUCGAGCUUACCUCAACAUCUGUCAUCCGCUGAAUUAUGUCACGCUGCUUCAUCAACCAGCUUGCCACAGAAUCCAUCAUCUUCUAGUUUAACUCAUCUACAUAAUUCGUCUAACUCUACCAGCAGCCUCCAAAACAACUUCCACAGCUCCACGUCCUCAAUAAGUUUAGGGAACGGUGCCGCUGGUCCCAGUUUACAGAAUCACGACUACAGUAACAGCAGCAGCAACAAUGGCAGUGUCAUGACACUCAGCGGCGGAGACAAUGGGUGCAGUGGCAGCGUCAUGACUCUGAAUGGUGAUGCAUCUGUUUCUCCAGACUUGGCACCGCCUGUUACCGACGUGCCUCCUUCGUCCGUCCGUUGUAAUGGUGACGGCGCGGCAGACAGUGAUGGAGAUACUAACACACCGCGUGGCUCUUUGGAAAAUUUCCCACCUCCACCAGAUUUUCUGUUGCAGGACGACUUUUCGAGGAGCUUUACUGAAGGCAAACACAGCGUUGGUGAUGGUAGCGAAGAUGUCGAACCUCCACCCGCUGGCCACGACAUACUUGUCGGUAGUGGGACGGUACCUCCUAACCCUGGCUUACCUGUGAUCUCGGGAGGCGGGGACGGGACGAACUCAUCGUUGUCCCCUGAAGAGUUAUGUUUGGAGGUCGCGAAGCAGCUGGCUCCUCUCUACCAAAAUAAGCUGCGGGCACCGUCAACUCAACUGAACUUGGGAGGCAAUACAAGUUCAAGUCAGACAAGCCAAAAUUCGUCCCCUUCUUCAUUAGACCAACUGUCUCCUUUACUUGACGAUGAUCACCCGUCACCUCCCUCGCCAUGUCCUCCUUCCCCCUGCCCUCCUGUUAACUUUUCCUCCACCUCCUCUCCAUCUCCUCACACGUCACCCCAGGAGCUGGUGAAGGGUUACUCAUUGUUUGGUCCUCCUGAUCCCAUACAAGACGAAGGGCUUUCGAAGCGACGUGUAAGCGUCAGCGAGGCGGUACGCAGCUUACAGGAGACCAAACAUCAGCCCCCCAGCCCAGGAGCUACGAGAAAAGUCGUGUCACAAGCUACUGCACGGGGCAACAAUUCCGAAGUUCACGAAGCGAAUAGAAUUGACGAAGUUACAAAUCCUGACAACCGUACUAGUAACGACGCGUCACACAACAACCGGAUGGAUGCAGCUCGUGCUUCAAUUAUUUCAACUUUGAACUCGAAAAUGAAUUCGCAACCUGAAUCUGUGAACAACAAAGCAUCCAACGCAGCAAGGACCAACAGCCAGUACGACCCGUACACUCAGCCUUUACCUAUGAAACUCCAUCAAGAAGAGGUGAUGCAGCAAGUCCUGCAGCAGCAAACCGAAUCGCGCCAGCUCUGUUUAAAUUCUCCUAAUCAUAACACUCAAGUUAUGCAUCCUAACAGCAGUCCUAACGCGAACACACACACUUUAUCGCAAGACCAGCAUCUGGAGCAGCUUCAACAACAGCAGCAACAUCUUCUGCACCAGCAGCAAUUACUGCAUGAGAAACAUUUUAAGCAACUGCAGCAACAGCCACCCGCAGCAACUGCCCAACCUCUCAUAACAAAACCGGAAUCUCGAGCAUUUUUAGCCACGCUCAAUUCUGCUUUAUCGCAACGUCCGUCACCGCCCCAGAAGAGCCAACAACUCAGAGCUAACGCAGCCAAUUCUCCAGUCCCAAAACCUCAGCUCAAGACCCAGCUCUCCACUCCCUCCCCAUCCAGUCGCCUGAUAGGCUCCAAUAAGACUCCCUUACGAACCUCUCAGUCUGGCCCUAAAGUUAAUAAACCCAAACGUUCAAUUGUCAUGGGCACAGCUUCGCGAACGAACUCACCUGCAGGCGCGUCGUCGAUUCCUCAGCCAAACUUGAGCAGCAGCUCCCAACCUAUGUCGCGGUUGUCACGUACGGGAUCAUCGUCAAGUGAUAAGUUUAAGUUCCGUCAGUUGAUAUCUAACAGUCGUAAUACGUCCAGCAACGGCCAAUCUCGAGAGACUGCAGUUCUUUCUCUGGCCUCGUCCAAACCUAAGUCGGCUAUUACUCCUAAUAGUAACCAUUUUGGCGUCGCUCUAGAUGAUGCCUCUGCCAGGGUCUCUAUCGUUCCCGUCAACGAUCAGUUGCGCGAGGGUUUAAUGGAACAAAUCAGGAAAGGCGCAAAGCUUAGGCAAACCAAACAAAUUGACGACAGAUCGGCACCUCGUGUUCACUAACUGUAGCUCUUUACCACCUCCGGAAUGUCUUGAAUAUUUAUUUUUAUUGAGGGCAUUGCCGCACUCAAUUUUCUGACUGCUGCCGAAUCCACGAAUUUCGUGUUUGUUUCUUUGUGGCUUAUAAACUUAUCUGCGCUGCUUGUAUUUUGAAUAUGAUUAUUCGAGGUUAUAUUAUCUAAUACUUCUUUACACUCCUGCUUUUGUGUUUCAUUACCACUUUCACAAGUCACUUUCUUUAUUUCUUUUCCGGGACUAUGUUUUUUUUCUCAAAGAUUAUAUCCUCGUAAUAUUAUUAUUUUUGUUCCAGAAAUUAUGAGAUCAGUUUAUGUUAUCUGUGUAACUGUUUGGAAAAGGGACGUUCGCGAUAUCAACGUUUGAGAUAUUUUCGGAUUAAUUUCAACUGAUUUAUUUACUGUUGUCUAUGUAACGGGACUAAAUGUUUUAUUUUCGCUACUUAAUACGUUAUUACUUUGAUCAUACAAAAGUUUUUCUUGCUCGCUUUUGGUUUGUAAUAUAACCGGCAUAAGCCAUGCAAGAGUUUAGCAGGCGCAGGACGCAGUAUCAUCGGUUUGACUGCGGUAAACCGAUUGUUUACGAGCGCUCUAUCUACUAUUGCGUGUUUUCUCAUAUAUUCUUAUUGAAAAAAGUCUAAUUUCCUGCUAUCUAUACAGAUUCUUUUUCUUUUCUCAUUUUGCUUUUCACCCACGUUUUCUGGGAUAGAUUGAAAUUCGCGGAAGCUAAUGCGACAAAUUCAAUAUUAACACAGUUUCACAGCCAAGCUCUGAUUGCUUUUAUGUGUGUUUUUUUUUGCAUUACAUUGUUGCUUACAAUACUCCGUCCGAGCUCUGCUGUGUUCGCUUUUCGAUGUCAUUACCUAUAACGAUUUACGUUCAUUUUCCACAAGUAAAUUACUGCUAGACUUCGAGAUUCCUUGGCUUGCAGUACUAAACUGAUUUACUGUGAACCUGUACAAAAUAUAGAGGAAAAGUUCCGCCCGUUCUAGUCCAAAGAUUGGAAGAGUUGAGCCAUUGCGUUGGAAAAUGACAGAAUAUUGCGUUUGAUUUUUUAUUACUCGUGUUUAUCCUGAAUGAUGAGACUGUCUAUCAUCUAACACUUGUUUACGUGAGACUGAAUUCAUGUUGACUAGAAAACAUUGUAAGUGACUUCCAAGAUAAUCUUGUUCUAAACUGUACACAACUUCUCAGGGAGUCCUCAACUUUCAUCCCGAACUUUUUUACUGAUCGCCAUUGUGGCAACAUUGUCAGUACCUGUCAACCAAUGACCUAAUUAUCGAAGUGACUUACUCGAUUUUGAAAUGAUUUUGUCUGGCUGAUUGCUCCGAGCUCGCGUGAGUAGGAUCUUUUGAAUAAUAUUUCCGAGCAUCUUUGCCGUCUUUUACUUAUCAUGUGUGAUUCCCCGAUCAUUGUUCUCCGCUCAAUUCUCAGGAGUAGAUUACUAGUUAGAAUAUUGUAGAAAAUUAGUGUUUUCUACUGUAACGAAAUUUUAUGUACUAUAUUUUCUUAAUUGUUACAGAAGGUAGACGUUAUUUGCAGUUCACAGAAGUGAAUUCAUUUAUUCUUUAUACAUGCGUCAAUGUUUUUUUUUCGAUUUAUUCUGCAAUAUAUCAGCAAUUUCUAAGCCGGAAACACGCAUACUUUAUGAAGAAAAAAGAACAUUUAUAAAGGUUGCUCAAAGUAACGUUCACAUAACCGGUAAAAUGAAGAAAAAAUUCCCUUAAACGGGGAAAUUGUUAGGUCAAUCUUUGUCCAACACAGUACCUAUAUUGCACAGUAAUCGUUGCGGGUCUCUUUAACAUUCUAGUAACGGAGAAUAAUAGAGGAAACUAGUGGUGACCAAUAUUUAGCUGGCGCAUCAAAGUCAGUUGUAUGUUUUUUAUUGUUGCUGUGUGCGCGUGUUGGGCAAACUCCUUUCUUAACCUAGCUGGUGCCUACUUCUGUUGCUUCUAAUGGAUCUUUGAUCAUGAACAAAUACAGUUAAUGGACUAUUUGCUUCUGUUCCAGUGAAUCGAGACUUGAGAUUAGCUGAUAUUUGUAUGCUUUUGUGAUGUCUUGCCGCUCUGUGUUUCUACCUUAUCUAUCACCGAAUGAUCGAACUUCUGCAAUAAUGUAUAUUGAAGUUGUGGCUUAGGGAUCAGGAGUGGUUAAGGCUUCAGCACAAGGACUAAUAGAUUGUGUACACGUUGACGGAAUACGUCUCUCGCUUAAGCAUAAUUAGAGCUCACUAGCUGCAUAGUUGUAUCUUAAAGUGAUGAAUUGAUCUCAAAUCGUCAGAACAAAUUCAAUGUUUCAUUGUUGGACGAUAAGCGGCAGCACCUUUACAGAAUCUCUGGCGAAACUAAGUACUUGCUGUUGAAUUCACUUAACAUUACGCCAAUCAGUCAAAAUUUACAUAAUAAAUCGAAUUCUAAUCAAAACCAACACUGGAGCCAUAGUUUUAUUGCAAACCGUUCCUGUUUGAAUACUAUUGAGAACAGUGCAGCGUUCCCGUUUAUCCACGUUAUAGCUUACAUAUCUUAGAGACCCGAAAUUUUUCUGCUAACCUCUUGUAAUUAGUGAUAAUAUUAUAGCCUAAUUAGCCUUAAACUUGUAUUAAGGGCUUCUUUCAUGCUUUGCUUGCCGAUCCAGAAAAAUGUUAGUGCCUUCUUACUUAAGUUGCGUUGCGCGAGUGUCUGUUCACGUAUGAAAUAAUGCGUUGCUGCCUUGAGCUUCUUCACAUCAUUCCGGCGCUUCUUUGAAUUAAAUCGCUUUAUUGAAUAUAAGUGCAAUGUAGUGGCUCGUAUAACACGACAAAAACAUGACCUGUCGCACAGUUGUUCAGUAAUUGUCAUUGGUGAACAGCACUUAGACUUCACAGUUCAAUUUUUCCUGAACUUUGAAACCUUGAUUAAUUCAAUGAAUAAAAAAUAUAAUGAGUCUCUGACCAAAAUCAAAGUAGUGGAACUUGUGAACUUUCCUCCAUUGUGACAUGGGUGAUGAGCUAUCCUUCCAAUGAAUCAUGUGUACAUAUUGCUGUAUAGUAUCUACUAGAUACGUGCCACCGUUUCCUCUGUUACCGGAGCAUGUGUAUUAUUUUAGCUUGUAACCCUUGCUGUUAUCUGCUCCCUCCACGGCUAUAGAAAGCUUGUCCGGUAUUGUGAAGAUAUUCACGUUGCAUUGAAGGCAAAUGUCGUAAAAAAACAGACAUGCUGGUUUAUUUUCAUAUCGGUGACUAGAUUAAUAUCUUCGGUAAUACAAUGUUGAGAUUAUCAUCAGUGUAUAGAGACGGUCCAUUAUACGUAUUCGUUUCGUUCUAAAUUCAAACGGUUGGCAAACUUAACUUUGCCUCCUUUUCCUUGCAGUUUUAUAUUUUCUCAAACGUAUGCGCCUAUGCAUAAAACAAGAGUUUCGCUUUAUUGCAAAGGACUUGUUACUUUAUGGUUGUACAGUUGAUUAAUUUAUUUACAGCUGCAGAUGUUGACUACUUAGAGUAGCAAAUCUAGACCAAAACAGUCAAGUCAUUAGUUGCUUAGAAUUGUUUGUACAUAGAAGUUUAUGCUCUCCGUGACAUUUGAGUCAAGUCUCUCAGUCAACCUCUUCUCUGUACAACGGAUGUGCUCUUCGCUGUUUAGUUGCCCCCUGUUUGUGCAGACACAUCUGCCUGACGUUCGUCACACUGGAAGUUUUCGUCGUUCUUUAACGAUAUCUUGUAAACCGUAUUUUCAUUAGGAUUAUCUGGCAGUGUCUCAUCAAACGAAAUAAUGUUGCAGUUUAUAUUACUAUUUUUUGCUCACUGGCGGGAGAGCCGUCCUGUUGAAUUGCGUAGAGGUAAAUAUGUUGGUGUAUGGACGACACGAUUAACCUUUUGUACUUUCAUAGGAUGUGAAAAAGUAGUUCACUUUUUUAAUCUCAAACGCCUAAGUUGAAGUUAUUUGUGAGGGAACGGUUAAUCUAAUGAUAAAAAAUUUUAGAUUACUUGUACUGUCAUUAGCACCUCUAAACGAUAGCUAUUUAUUUCUCUUUAUGGAAGUUUCCAGCGAUGGUCCUUGAACAUAUUCUUCUGUAGUUCCGACCUAUGAAUAUUUGGUUGUACACUUCUACUUAGAUUCUGUCUCGACAAUAAGAUGUAUUAUAUUUAGCGCUCUAGAACAGACUCGUGGUUAAGGGUUAUAUCAUGUGAACUUUGUUACUUACUGCGGACGUCCUACGAUUCAAGAUUGAAUAAAUAGUAAAACAUUGUAAA